AAACCGCGAAGUUUCCGGUGUUGUGUGUAUGUUCCUGGAAACAUGGCGGCCAGCUUCCGCGGCCGUCCUAUCCGGAGUCUUCGGAUGCGAGGUCGGAAUGACAGCGGGGAGGAGAACGUCCCGCUGGAUCUCACCAGAGAACCGUCAGAAAACUUCCGGGAAAUCCUUCAAAAUGUGGCCAAACCACACGGAGUCAGUAACAUGCGCAAACUGGGACACCUGAAUAACUUCAUAAAGCUGCUAUGCAGCAUCAGCCACCGCGAGGACAACUUUGGCUUCACUUACGAAGAAAUCAUCAUUUGUCUGCGACUUGCUCUCCUGAAUGAGGCGAAGGAAGUGCGUGCGGCCGGCCUGCGGGCGCUGCGUUACCUCAUCAGAGACACCAGCGUGCUGCAGAAGGUCCUCCGGCUGCAGGUGGACUAUUUGAUAGCCAGAUGCAUCGACAUCCAGCAGAGCAACGAGGGCGAGCGGACGCAGGCUCUGAGGCUCGUCAGAAAGAUCAUCACCGUCAACGCCAUGCUGUUCCCCUCCUCUGUUGCUAACUCCCUCAUCGCCGUGGGAACGGACGGACUCCAGGAGAGAGACCGCAUGGUCCGCGCUGCCAUCGCCAUCGUAUGUGAGCUUGCUCUGAAGAAUCCGGAGGUGGUGGCCAAGCGCGGCGGCCUCAGCACCAUCCUGAAGAGCGUCAUCGACUGUCAGCUGAGCCGCAUCAACGAGGCUCUGAUCACCACCAUCCUCCAUCUGCUCAACCACCCACGCACCAGGCAGUACGUACGGGUGGACGUGGAGCUGGAGCAAAUCCUCGCACCUUUCACAGACUUCCACUACCGUCACAACGCCGACACGACUGAAGGGCAACUCAAGGAGGACAGAGAGGCCCGGUUCCUGUCCAGCAGGAUGGCCAUCGUGGCGGCCUUUCGCUCCUGGUCUGGGAUUAUCAACCUAUGCAAGGCUGGCAACUCUGGCAUCCAGUCUCUCAUCGGCUUACUGUGCAUCCCCAACAUGGAGGUUAGGAAAGGCUUGUUGGAGGUGCUGUAUGAGAUCUUCAGGCUCCCCGUGCCCAUCGCUACUCCAGACUUCACCGAAGCUCUGCUAAGUGUUGACCCCGCCAGGUUCCAGGACACCUGGAGGCUCUCUGACGGGUUUCUGGCUGCCGAAGCCAAAGUCAUCCUCCCCCACCGGGCCCGCUCCAGACCUGAUCUGAUGGACAACUACCUGGCCUUUGUUCUGUCAGCCUUCAUCUCCAGCGGGCUGUUAGAGGGUCUGGUGGAGGUGGUGACCAGCAGUGAUGACCAGCUGGCUGUGAGAGCCACCAUCCUCCUGGGAGAACUUCUACACAUGGCCAACACCAUCCUCCCCCACUCUCACAGUCACCACCUGCACUGCCUCCCCACCCUCAUCAACAUGGCUGCCUCCUUCGACAUCGCACAGCAGAAACGACUUCGGGCGAGUGCAGCCGUCAACAACCUGAAGCGUUUCCAUGAGAAGAAGAAGAAAGGUUUGAAACCCCACAGUCUGUAUCUGGACCACAUCAUCCGCAAGUCAGUGUCCUCCCCCGGGCGCAGAGAGACACACUCGCGGGUCCACAGGGACAUCUACGCCAUCAAGGACACGGAGGAGGCUCUGAUGAUGAACCUGAGAGACAGUCAGAUCCUCAACCACAAGCAGAACCUGGAGUGGAACUGGCUGCUCAUCGCCACCAUCUUAAAGUGGCCCCAUGUCAACCUCAGGAACAACAAAGACGAACUAAUGCACAAGUUUGUGCGCCGGCUGCUGUACUUCUAUAAGCCGAGCAGUAAACUGUACGCAGCGCUGGCGUUGGAUCACACGAAGGCUCGCCAGCUCACCGUGGUCGGCUGCCUGUUCAUCGAGUUCCUCAUGGAGUCAGACGAGGACGGACAGGGGUACCUGGAGGACUUGGUGCGGGACAUGGUGUCGUGGCUGUCGGCGUCCUCAGGGCUGAAGCCAGAGCGAUGUCUCCAGAGUAACGGGCUGCUCACCACGCUCAGCCAGCACUACUUCCUGUUCCUGGGGACGCUGUCUGCACACGCACACGGAGUCAAACUGCUGGAGAAAUGUGGCCUGUUUCAGAGCCUGCUGAACCUGUGCUCGGUGAAGAACCAGGAUGCUGUGCUGAAGCUGGCUGUCUCCACGCUGGACUACAGCCGGGACGGUCUGGCCCGAGUCAUCCUCUCCAAGAUCCUCACAGCUGCUACAGAUGUGUGCCGGCUGUAUGCCACCAAACAGCUGCGUGUGCUGCUGCGAGCCAGCGUGGAGUUCUUCAGCAGCUGGGGGAUGGAGCUGCUGGUCACACAGCUGCACGACCACAGCAAGGCCGUCUCCAUGGAGGCGCUGGACAUCCUGGACGAGGCCUGCGAGGACAAGGCUAACCUCCACGCUCUGAUCCAGCUGAAACCAGCUCUGUCCCACCUGGGAGACAAAGGCCUGCUGCUGCUCCUCCGGUUCCUGUCCAUCCCCAAAGGUUUCUCCUACCUCAACGAGAGAGGAUACGUCAGCAAACAGCUCGACAAAUGGCACAAGGAAUACAACCUGAAGUACGUGGACUUGAUAGAGGAGCAGCUCAACGAAGCGCUCACAACGUACCGCAAACCUGUCGACGGAGACAACUACGUCAGACGCAGCAACCAAAGGUUACAGAGACCAAAUGUGUAUCUCCCCGUGCACCUGUACGGUCAGCUGGUCCACGAUAAGACGGGCUGCCACCUGCUGGAGACUCAGAGCGUGGUACCUGACCUCAGCUACACGGUCCGCUCCCCGAUGCUGGACACCUGGGAGGGCAUCAAGCAGCUGAAGGCAGCUCUCUGGGCGCUGGGAAACAUCGGCUCGUCAAACUGGGGUCUGAAUCUGCUGCAGGAGGAGAACGUGAUCCCUGACAUCCUGGCGCUGGCUCAGCACUGUGACGUGCUCUCAGUUCGAGGGACGUGUGUUUACGUGCUGGGCGUGAUCUCGAAGACGCGGCAAGGCUGCGAGCUGCUGAAGACGUUCGGCUGGGACGCCGUCCGACACAGUCGCCGGACGCUGUGGCCCGUCACUCCGGAGGAAGUGGACACACAGCUGACCUCUGAGCUCUCCUCGGUGCCGAGCACGCUCAGUCUCAACUCGGAGUCCACCAGCUCGCGCCACAACAGCGAGAGCGAGUCUCAGCCAAACAUGUACAUCCUGGACGACGACAAGUGCGACUCUCUGGACCAAUCAGACGAGCCUCCUUUCUAUCUCCACUCCAAACCGGCGAAGGACCGCAGCCCCUUCACCAUCCUGGCCUCCACGCGUUUCGUGCGCACACGCUUCCUCAACUCGCUGUCGCUGCCCAGCAAGAAGCUGCGCUCCACCAGCGACCCCAAGUCGCUGUCGUCCGGCUGCCGCACGCCAACGGAGCUCAAGACGAGCAGCGCUCGGCGGAACCGCACGGUGACGGAGCCGUCCGUGUACAGCCCGAGCCAGGGGGACGUCUUCACGCCGGUGUUUAACGGCAGAGCGAUGACGAAGAGCCCAACCGUCAGCCUGGAGACGUCCUUCGUCGGGACGCGCGGGGGGUCCGAGGAGCAGCUGGUCGACGGACGGCUGGCGCGCGGCGGCGGAGGCUCCGGUCUCGGGCUGAGUGGGCUCGCGGGAAACGGCGGCGCCGAGCCCCCGACCCGGGAGAGGGAGCAGAGCAGCCGAGAGCGGCUAGCAGGAGACGGAGGCUCCUCGUCCAGCGGAGGCAACGUGGUCGGGGGCAGUGCCACUCAGUUUAAAAGCCGCAGUCAGAGCUUUAACACGGACACGACGACCAGCGGCAUCAGCUCCAUGAGCUCCAGCCCUUCCAGGGAGACCGUGGGAAACCCCGAGCACCCAGAACCAGAACCAGACUCCUCGGACUGCGUCAGCCUCAACACCGUCGUCUCCACCACCACGGUGAAAACACUCCCGCCUCUCAGCCCGCAGGCACACGCCAACCAUGUGUCCACGCCCAAGUCGUCUGCCGUGUCUCUGGUGCCGCCCGGCUCCUCGCACACACUCCCCCGCCGGGCGCAGUCCCUCAAGUCUCCGUCGGUGGCGACCAUCAAGAGCCUGGCGGACUGCAGCUUCAUGUACACCAGCCCGCGGGACGCGCUGGGCUACGCCACGCUGAAGAGGCUGCAGCAGCAGAGGAUCCACCCAUCUCUGUCGCACAGCGAGGCCCUGGCAUCGCCCGCCAAAGACGUGCUGUUCACCGACACCAUCACCAUGAAGACCGGCAGCCUGGAUUCCCGGCUAACGCCUCGCAGGUUCCUGAAGGCUCUGAGCUUUGCCUCUCUGGAUAAAGAGGAGCUGCUGAGUCCCAUCAACCAGAGCACGCUGCACCGCUGCUCCUCGGUGCGCUCCAUGGUCUCCAGCGCCACGUACGGCUGCAGCGACGACUACGUGGGCCUGGCGCUGCCCAUGGACAUCAACGACAUGUUCCACAUCAGAGACUCCGCCUACUUUCAGCAGAGGGUCAGCCCGCCGUCGGAGGAACGCAAACGCUUCCUCUUCGGCGACGGAGACGGCGAUCGUCCUCCCCUGCCGGCCCUGAAGCAGCAGUUCAGUAUCUCUGAGCUGAUCAUGUGCCGCGGGGACAGCCAGAACCACACGGUGGGCUCAGAGGAGACGGGCCUGCAGGAGCACACGGAGGAAAACUGCCUCUACUGCGUCGGAGCCAUCGUCCUGGGAUACCCCACACAGCCGCAGAUCAACAGCACGCACCCCCGCACAGACUAUGUGGACUUCCCGUCGUGGGGGGGGCAGAGUGGCCAUCGUCUGGAGGUGAUGCCUCAGUCCAAGUUCUCCGGGGUUUCGGGCUGCAGCGACGCUGCCGUGUCCCAGGGGUCCAUGUGCAGCACGCCCACACCUGCUGACAUCGUCAUAGGCAGCAAGGCCAUCUCGGAGGACGGGCCCGCGUCCCGCGUCCUGCUCAGGAAGGAGGUGCUGCGCCUCAUCAUCAACCUCAGCUCGUCUGUGGGAACCAAAGGCCACGAAACGGGACUGCUGACGAUCAAGGAGAAGUUCCCGUACGCCUUUGACGACAUCUGCCUGUAUUCGGAGGUGUCCUUCCUGCUGGCCCACUGCAUGUUCCGCCUCACCUCCCGCCGCUUCAUCCAGGAGCUCUUCCAGGACGUGCAGUUCAUGGCGAUGUACGAGGAAGCAGAGGCAAUCCUGACGAAGCUCCCGAAAGCUGUGGAAGAGGACGCCGACGCGCCUGAGGAAUCCUGAUCGUGUUCCUCCACAGCCCCCGAAACCC